GGUUAAAUCCGGAGAAGCUAAUAGGUGUGGUACGUCCCUGGAAGUUGCAGUCAGCUCUAGCUCUUCUCCUUCCCGACAAUACCUGUUUACGUACCUGCCUAGGCCUGAGACACGCCAAGAAGAGUUUGGGAGCUAGACAGUGCCAUGGCAUCCGAAGAAAUAGUAGAAAUCGGCAUGGCGUUGGAGCCUAAGAGAUCACAGCAAGACAGCAUUGGAGCUCUCCCAGGGGUAAUGACGAGGUCAAGAGGGCACAAAGACUACCAGACCAUUCCCCCUAUAGGUAUGACUGAUGAUGUGGAUGUGGGGGGUGGGGGUGGCUGCUCCAUAGUAUUGGCUGUCAUCUCUUUCAUCAUUGUCAUUUUCACAUUUCCCUUUUCACUCAUCUAUUCUAUCAAGAUUGUGAAGGAGUAUGAGCGAGCAGUGAUCCUGAGGCUGGGUCGACUGACAGGUCGCAGGGCCAAGGGGCCGGGUCUAUUCUUUGUCCUGCCCUGCAUCGACACUGUGCAAGUGGUCGACCUCAGAACUGUCACUCUGGACGUACCACCACAGGAGAUCCUGACUAAGGACAGUGUGACUGCCAAGGUCGAUGCUGUGGUCUACUUCAGGAUAGCAGACCCCAUAGCCGCCAUCCUCAAGGCUGAGAAUGCCAAGGACUCCACUUUCCGAAUCUCUCAGAGCACUCUGCGUGAUGUCCUUGGUACCAGAACACUGGCUGAGAUUCUGGCCGAGAGAGAUGUCAUCAGUGAGCAGCUCGGGACUCUUCUUGAUACUGCCACUGACCGCUGGGGAGUCAAGGUGCUGCGUGUGGAAAUGAAGGAUGUGACUCUUCCCACUUCAAUGCAACGCUCCAUGGCAGCUGAGGCUGAGGCUGACAGGGAGGCUCGUGCCAAGGUUGUGUCUGCUGAGGGAGAACAGCGAGCAGCGAGGAAGCUCCGUGAGGCAGCUGAUGUGCUUGAUGAGUCCCCAGCAGCCCUCCAACUGCGUUACCUGCAGACUCUCAACACCAUCUCAGCCGAGAACAACCACACCUAUGUGUUCCCUCUUCCCAUUGACCUGCUCACUAAAAUGCUGUCAAAGUGAACUUUUUAGUUAUAAUAUGUAUAGACUGGAAAAUGCGAUAGUAGGCCCUAUGAUUUAGGGUUCAGAUUUAUUCACUCUGUAGAAUGUGUAUAGGCUUAAUUGUUGUACUUAAUUUGUGCUGUGCCAUUA